AUGGUCAACAUUCAGCCGAACUCUGUCAUUGACCAAGUUCAGAUCAUUGAUAUCGAGAAUGCUGCAUACCUUCCUAAAGGCCGGUGCAUUAAAGGGAUGCUGCCUGGAAACGACAAUUGGCGCAGCCCAGAGGGACAUUUCAAGGGCGAAGUCAACAGACCCUCUGACAUCUAUUCAUUUGGAGCCGUAUGCAUCUAUGCUAUGCUUGGCCGUGUCAUCUUCGGGCCAGACGAUGAUUUCCGGAAACACGAGUCACAAGGCGCCCUGCCUGCGCUCAUCCGCCUGCAACGUCAAGUCUCGUACUUUGGAGACAAGGAUGGUCUAAACGGGCUCAUGAAGCACGUCGGAGAUGAGGAGAUCAACUGCCAGAUCUUGGGGAUGCUUUGGGACGAGCGGACGGAGGAGCAUAUUCCAUAUAAACCAUUCUCGACAUGGCCGGACGUCGAAGAUGUCUCUUUCAGAGACCUCGUCCAGCGCAUGUUGAAUCUGGACCCUGCGAAGCGGAUUACGGCUCGUCAGGCAUUAGGUCAUCCUUGGUUCGCAGAACCUUGA